GACUCAACAACGCUCGCUCGGAAGUACAUAAGCUCGACUGAUCUACAAGAUCGUCAGUAUCCAUUCAUUUUUUAGCAGCAAACAUGUCCUUCGUACCACAGACGCCGGAGUGGCAGACGCCGCUUACCGUUAAUCAACCUACCGCUACCCCUCCUCGACCUCAACCUACUUCAGCACCCAAGCCCGCCAACAACCCGGAGCGGAAACCCAAGCUUCGAGCUUCGUGCGAUGCGUGUGCGGCUUCGAAGGUCAAAUGCAGCAAAGAACACCCUAUUUGCGCUCGCUGCAAUGCCAACGGCUCCCAAUGCAUCUACGGUGUCUCAAGGAAGCACGGCAAGCCAGGCCGGACACGGAAGAGGAACCCAGAUGGCACUCCUUUCGUGAAAGCCUCGAAGCAGCGACCUUCUCCCGACGGCAGCGAGUUCAGCAAGUUCAGGCUCCGUCCUGAGCCGAUCCUGCCUGAUCCCGAAAUGGACAGCGCUUCAAACUGGUCCCCGACGCCGAGCUGGCCAGCUACCCCAGAUUUCGAUUUCGAGAUGACGCCCGAGCCGCUUUUCACAGAGCCUUCCGACUACUUCAGCUUCAUGGACGAUAUUCUCAUGCCCAUGCCCACCUUCCAGCCCGAGCCGGAAGCCAUGCAGACCAUCCAGCCUGAACUCACCUUCAUAGACCCGUUCGCGCGGAAGCAGUCGGUGAGGCUCGACCUCCCCGACAUCCAGGCCCUCAAGGACUUCAUCGGCGGCGAUGCAGUCAACCCCAUGGACUAUACCUUCGCCGACACGACACCCAUGGACACGGGCUUCCUCCCCGACUCCGGCUCAUCGACGCCGCAAAGCCCCAAGAGCACGCCAUCAUACUUCCACAACCCACUCCGCGUCAGCAUUUCCAUGCCGAGCUCGCACUGCUGCUACACGCUCGCAUACUCCACGCUCGAGAGCCUGCGCAUCAUCAACCCGGAGAACAGCGCCGGCGUCGAGCUUAAGAGCCUCGACGCUGUGCUCUCCAUCACCAAGACCGCAGUCGCGAACGUGCUGCAGCUGCUCAGCUGCUCCUGCUCGUCGGACCCGCACCUCGCGAUGCUGUACUCGAGCAUCACCUCCAAGAUCCUCGCCUGGUAUCAGAUCGCCGCCGGUGUGAAGCCCACCUCGCCUCCCACGAGCCCGCCCUCGCUCAGCGGCGCAUCCUCGCCGUCGUCCUCCACCUUCUCGUCGCCGCUGUCAACGCCCUCGUCGGAGAACACAACCUUCAAUAUCGAGAUCAAGCCGGUGAAGAUCGGGCUCUUCGAGUUCGACGAGGCAGAGCAGGAGGCGCUGAGGCGGCAGGUCGUGCUGCGCGAGCUGCGCAAGUGCGGCACGCUGGUCGAUGCGCUGGCGAACUGGGGCAGCGAGUCGAAGACGGAGCAGGCGGAGUUCCUGUACGAUGUGCUCGGUGCGUGGCUCAAGAGCGAGCUGUACAAGACGCUGAGGGAGGUGGAGGGCGAGGAGGCGCUGUGAGGGGUUCCGCAUCGCGGGAUUGCCUGUGCUAUGUAAGAUUUGAGGGUCAGCGGUGCAUUUGCAUUUAGAGGGUCUCUUCGCAUUUUGGGUUCUGCAUUUGAUAUCCCCUUCGGCCUUUUGUCGAU